GACCAAUACACAGUUCGGUUUCAAAGCUUGAAAGCAUUGCAUUUUUCACUCUCCUUCCCAUCUGAAAUUUCUGAUCACUUGUUGAGAUCAUAUCAUGGCUGCUGCACUUGUUGGUGGAGCUUUCCUCUCUGGCUUCAUUAACGUUCUCUUUGACAGGUUCCUUAAAACUGAUACUGUCAACAAGGUCUUGGGAAAGAAGCUUGGCCCUGACUUGGUUGAAAGGCUGAAGACUGCUCUGUUGGGUGCUGAAGGUCUUGUUGCUGAUGCUGAGAUGAAGCAGUUCGGUAAUCCAUCUGUGAGGAAGAGGCUUGAUAGUCUCCGGGAUGCUGUUUACUGUGCUGAGGACUUGCUGGACACUGUCCUCACCAAAGCCGCCACUCAAAAGAAGAUAAGUUCUACCUUUUUCAUUAGCAUCUUUAUCAACCGAGAUAGGGACAUGGUAGACAAGAUGGAAGGGGUGGUUGGAAGAAUAGAGGAUCUUGGAAAACAAAAAGAUUUCCUUGGUCUUGAAAAGGUUUCCACUAGUAGCUCAUCAUGGAGGACUCCAUCCACUUCUCUUGUAAGAGGGAAUGUGUAUGGCACAGAGGAUGACAGGAAGGCCUUAAUCAAGAUGCUGAAUGACAACAGUGAGCAUCAGUUGUCUGUGAUUGCCAUUGUUGGCAUAGGUGGGGUUGGUAAAACAACAUUAGCCCAAUGGGUAUACAACAACCAGGAGGAGUUCAUGAAGGGAUUUGAUCCUAAAGCAUGGGUUUGUGUUUCAGAAAAUUUUGAUAUUGUUGAGACUACAAGAGUCAUAAAGGGGAUCCUUGGACAUACUUGCAGUCUCGAUGAUUUCAAUUCAUUUCAACAUGCUUUGAAAGAAAAAUUGUUGAAUAAGAAGUUCUUUAUUGUUCUGGAUGAUGUUUGGAGUGACGAUGGUGACAGAUGGAGUAAUUUUAUGACUCCUUUUCAAUACGGGAAGAAGGGAAGUGUUGUUCUUCUUACUACUCGUGGGAAUAAUGUUGCUUUAGCAGUUCAAAACUGUCGCCCUUAUUUUCUCAAUGGUUUGUCAGAAGACUAUUGUUGGUCAGUAUUUGCAGACAAUGCAUCUUUUCCACAAUCUAAUGGGAAUGCAGCACUUGAAGGAGUUGGUAGAGAGAUUGUCAAGAAGUGUGGUGGCUUGCCAUUAGCUGCAGAAACGCUUGGACGCCUGUUACGUACAAAGCAUGAUGUUAAGGAAUGGAACAAGAUAUUAAUAAGUGAUAUUUGGGCAUUUUCUGUGAAGAAUAGUAAGAUUAUCCCUGCAUUAUUGAUAAGUUACUUCCAUCUUUCUCCACACUUAAAACGUUGUUUUGUUUAUUGCUCUUUACAUCCCAAAGAUUAUCGAUUCAUGAAAUAUGAAUUAAUCUUGUUGUGGAUGGCAGAAGAUUUUUUACCACCACCAAAGAGAGGAGAGACUUUAGAAGAAGUUGGUUGGGAAUGUUUUAAUGAACUAACUUCUAGAUUAUUUUUCACAAAGAUUCAAGAUGGUGAUGAUUAUUUUGUGAUGCACAAUCUCCUGCAUGACUUAGCAAUAUUUCUUGCUGGAGAUUUCUAUUGCAACUCAGAAGAAUUUUGUGAAGAGGAGGAGAUAAGGAUUCAGAUUCGACAUUUGUGUGUAAAUUUACGUUGUUGUAGCUCAAAACUUUAUAAUUCUAUUUCUACAGAUAGGUGGAUUUGGUAAUCUGGAGACGUUGGAGUGCAAUGAGAUUCUCAGCCUCAGCUCCCUCCAACAAUUAAGCAUUCAAUCGUGUCUUAAGCUGGAGAAUAUGGCAGGAGAAAAGCUGCCUUCCUCUCUCUUACUUCUCAAAGUUGACUACUGUCCUUUUCUGGGAGAACACUGCAAGAACAAGCAUCAAAAUAUUUGGCCCAAAAUUUCCCACAUCCCCACCAUUCAAGUUGAUGGCGAACAAAUUUUCUGAAUACAGAUUUCUGACCCGGUUGGAGAAUAUGGCUGGCAAAAAGCUUCCUUCCUCUCUGUUUACUACUUCAAAUUGAAGAGUGUCCUUUGCUUGGAAACCGUUGCAGCUAAACUCUCUAUAGGGCCUGAAGAGAUAGAUAACUGCUAUGGUCAAGGAAUCGCUUUCUUUAUGGAUUCAACCUUUAAAAUGUGCAUUAGGAAGCUUCUGUGGCAACUGCGACUUGGUGAGCAUUUCUGUUUUUGAAGCUGAAAAAAAGGCAACAAUGUUGAACACAUCAUUGUGUAUUUAUCAUGCAGGUUCUGAUCAUUUUCCUUUGUGAGGCCCAUGCAAACACAUUUGGAGUGUCCCUCUAAAUUUCUGUUAGUGUAUUAACCUGAUCCAUAUGAAUGAUAGUAUAAUCAAAUCUUUUCUUGUUUAAGUGGAGAUUCUUCACUCAUAGUUCUUCAAUAUGGAGGUGUGGUUGUGAUCUUAGCUCUCUAGUAGAACUGCCAGAAAGUCUGUAAAUGAGUAUCACUGAUUUUAUUUUGUUGACGGGUCUAUGUCCUUGUAAAAGAGUUGUGUAUGUAUGCUUAUUAGUGCUUGUAAGUUUUGAGACUUCUUUGUAGCUUUGAUUUGAAUAAUAGUGAGCUUAAUUAAUUAA